GCAACUUUCCAGCGCGCGAUGUCUUUUGGCCUCUUCCAGAAGUGUCAGAAGAGUUAUGAUGAUGGGACUGUCAGCUGACAGACUGCAUGAGUUGCCCCAAUGGGCUGUCACUGUGAACAACCAAACAGAAUUGGAGGUAGAAGGUGUGACCGUGAGAAAUGGAUCAAAAUUCUGGUGCUCAUUCAAGUCAUUGCUACUUCUGGUGGUCAAAGUGUGUCGGAUGAGAGAAAUCAGCAGACGUGUGUGUCUGCUGGUGUUCCUGGAGUACCUGGAUCACCUGGAGUAAAUGGAUCACCCGGACGAGAUGGAAUCAAAGGAGAGAAAGGAUUAGUGGGAGAUGAUGGCCGACAAGGAAUAAAAGGAGAAGGAAGGAAAGGAGAGAAAGGGAUAAAGGGGGAGAGAGGAUUGGUUGGAGGUGUCGGUGGUAAAGGUAAUGCUGGGAAGAUAGGCCCACAAGGUCCAAAAGGUUCACAAGGCCAGGAUGGUCUACAAGGCCCACAAGGUCUACAAGGGGUAAAAGGAGAAACAGGAAGGAAAGGAGAGAAAGGAGAAGCUGUGACACUCAACUGGAAACAGUGUGUGUGGUAUAGAGGGGAUAGGAAGGACAGCGGUCUGAUUCAGAACUGUAAUUUUAGGAAACAUGACAACAAUUCAGCUCUACAUGUUGCAUAUGCAGGAAAUGUCAGGGUUCACUGCUCCAGUGGUGAGUGCUGUUCUCGAUGGUAUUUUACAUUCAACGGUAACGAGUGCAGUGGACCUAUGACUAUUGAGGGAGCUGUGUAUGGUCGUCCAGCUAAUGAAAAUCCUCACCGUCACAGACAUAUUGAGGGAUACUGUGAGAACAUUCCAGCAGGUCAAGUCACAAUUGGAUUCAACAUUGGAAACUGUAGCAGAUGGAAAUCGACAAUAUAUAACGGCCAUACAGGAGGUUUUACAGUGUCUCGCAUUAUGAUUGCAGAAGUUCCUCCAUCACAAAAGUGACUGAAUUAGAGAGGAAUUAGAACUUAUGUUCAGUAGAGUUUGCAGUACGUACAGUACAAGAUUGCUGAAGUAGAAAGCUUGAUGGUGCAUGUGCAUGUCUCUCUUUGCUGUAUGUGAGUGUAUGUAUGAUUAAUUCAACAUGUAGCUGCAACUAAC